AUGCCUUGCAUCAAGAGGUGGUGGUGUCUGCUACUUUUGGAAAAUUUCCCCUUGGGGUGAGACGCUGAAAGAAAACAACUCCGGAAAAAGAGGAGAGCAGAAAGAGCAGAGGUGAUGGAAACCCCACUGCCUGUGAAUUAUUUGACCAAGAUGCCACCUGACAUCCUCUGGCGCAUCCUGAUUGGAGUCGUCACAGACGAUGGCGAUAAUCCUUUCUGGAGACUUUCGCUGACGUGCAAGGUUUUCAGGGACAUUGUCAGCAGGCCCAAAUUUAGAGAAGAGGCACACUUCAUAUGGCUGGACAGUGUUGUGAACUGGAGUUAAUUUUCCAGAAAAUAUAGGGAAGAGUUCCGGGUGCCCUACUCAUUGACUGCGUGCUUGCAAUGCACUGAAAUAUUCAAGGACUGCCCACCUGGGUAUGUGGGUGAUGACGGAAGGGGAGUCCUGUAAGGAUUUUAUUCAGAGAAGGAGUUUCAGUGUGGGAAUGAGGCAGCGAUCAUUAACUGGGCGGGUCAUAUGAUUACGGCAGACUUAAAAGACGGGCUGAAGAAGCAGAAGGAAGUCGAUUUCGGGCGAGUGAACUUCCGCCUUGGGCAGCACAACGAAGACCAGCCUCCGAAGAGUCCGCAGGCUCCGCUGUAG